GCUAAUAAGUCUACGAAGCGGAGUGGGCGUGAGAUAGCGGUGACUGGUGAGAGGAUACGAGUAAGAGAAGAAAUAUCAAAAUGGCUAGGUUCUUCACGCUCAACACCGGUGCCCAGAUGCCCUCAUUAGGGCUUGGAACAUGGCAGGCCAACCCCGGAGUGGUCGGAGAAGCCGUCGCUUCAGCUAUCAAGGUUGGCUAUAGGCAUAUAGACUGUGCUCAGAUUUACGGAAAUGAGAAAGAGAUUGGUUUGUCUUUGAAGAAGCUGUUUGAUGAUGGUGUUGUAAAGCGUGAAGAUUUGUUUAUUACAUCAAAACUCUGGUGCGAUAGCCAUGCUCCAGAAGAUGUAGCAGAGGAAAUAAAUUCAACUUUAAGAGAUUUACAGCUCGAUUAUGUGGAUCUUUACCUGGUACAUCUCAUCUUCGAAAGUUGUCAAGCAUAUUUAGUUUCUAAAGAUUAUUAUUAUUUUUUCUUCGACGUAUUUAUUUUCAUUAAUCUUUUUGUUUUCUCGUCUAUCCUUUCUUCCAAUACCCUGAAGAUACACUGGCCAUUUCGACUGAAGAAGGGGACAAGUUUGAGAGCUGAAAAUCUUAUCCAACCUGAUAUACCUAACACAUGGAGUGCAAUGGAAAAGCUCUAUGAUUCUGGAAAGGCUCGUGCUAUUGGUGUGAGCAAUUUUUCCACCAAGAAGUUGGAAGAUUUGCUGAGCAUUGCACGUAUUCCACCUGCUGUAAACCAGGUGGAAUGCCAUCCUGUAUGGCAACAGACCAAGCUUCGGUCCUUCUGUCAAUCCAAGGGAGUUCACCUCUCAGCAUAUUCUCCGCUAGGUUCUCCAGGGUCAAAAUGGAUAGAAGGGAAUGUCCUUGCAAACUCUGUUGUUACCGAGGUUGCGGAGAAAUUGGGGAAGACUGCUGCGCAAGUAGCUCUUCGUUGGGGAAUCCAAGUUGGCAACAGUGUAUUGCCAAAGAGCAUCAAAGAAUCAAGAAUACAAGAAAACUAUGACGUGUUCGAUUGGUCUAUACCUGAUGAUCUGUUUGCAAAGUUCUCCUCUAUUCAACAGGCAAGGCUAAUCAGAGGAGAUUUCUUUAUUAAACCUCAAGGCUUAUAUAAAAGUGUCGAGGAGAUUUGGGACGGGGAAAUAUGAUACUGUGAUGAUUGUCGUUUUCCAGCUAUAAUUUUGCUUUAUAAGAAUUUUCAUGGCUCUCGCGGUUGCUUGAUGGCAUUAUUGGGGCGGCGCUAGUGCUUUAUUUCUCUGUUCUGAGUUCGUAUUGAUGCAAAAUGCUCACUUAGAAGCAGCAGGUUGUUUGCUUCGUAGUAAAACCUUAUAUCUGUUUUACAUUAAAGGAAAACAUUAUGUUCUUGGUA